UAAUUCAUUCAUGGAGUAGUGUAUCUUAUCUGAAGAAUAGAAAGGGAAUAAAAAAAUAUGGCAACCCCAAACAGUUGUGCGAUGAGUGUCUCCACCACCUCCCCAAAAGGUGUCGCCGGCGGCGGAGAAUCCGAUGAUACCGCUCCGGCCAACAGCUCCCCCAAGGGGCAGUGCCUCUGCUCGCCGACGACCCACAAAGGGUCGUUCCGGUGCCGGAUUCACCGCUCUCCGCCGAACGUCUUCAAGAGAUCGAGUUCCAUGGGUGCGAAGACAUCUGUUUCUCCCAAGUCUGUUAAAUCUGCAUAUGAGUCAUAAUUGAGUAAUCUCUUCUGUUUGUUUGUGUGUGUCUGUGGGGAUUCCCUUUCUCUAUUUUCACUCCACUCAAAGUUGAUCAUAUACAUAUAUGUUGUAUAAUAAGCUCUUUUAAAUUUU